UCACUUUUCCACACUUCCGAUUUGCGACUUUAACAGAAAUGGCGACAAAAUCGCUAUUGUUCCAAACCACGAUUUCAGAUCUGAAGCAUCUCCAAUGGCGUAGCAAUGCCAAUGCGCUCUGCCGCCUGACAUUCGCGCGACCUCCUCUUCUUCCUCAUCAUACUUCUCUUCUUCCUCGUUCUCCUCCUCCGCUGUACCGUCGUCUUCAUCUUCCUCAUUCUCCUCCUCCUCUGCUCCGACACCGUCUACGCACUCUAUUCUCUACUAUGUCCUCGAUGAACUCGCCGCAGGAGGAGGCCUCUGUCAAAACAGUGAGAAUGGUGAUAAGGGGGAGAGUGCAAGGUGCGUCGGAUCUAUCGGAAUUGGGCGAUUGAUAAUGCGAAGGAGUUAGGGUUGAAAGGUUGGGUUCGGAACCGCCGGGAUGGAUCUGUGGAGGCGUUGUUUUCGGGAGAUGGAGCAGCGGUGUAGGAGAGGUCUUCCUGAUGCUAUGGUGACUGGAAUUCAGGCAUUUCAUUUCCGAGCACGGAUGAUCCUGGGAAUGAAUUCGACUGUGUGAAUGAAUGAAUCAGCGAUUCUGAUCAGAAAUCAUCUUGUGCCUAGUGUUAGUAUUAUUUAUUGACACUAACUACUACAAGUAAAGGAACCCAACUCCCAAAAGUAGCUGUCGGCGCAGGAAGGAUGCUGCCAAGGCCUGCAGUGCCAGCCAUCGAAGACUUCUCUAACGAAUUCUUCUACUUCAGGUAGAGGGCAAUCCAGUAGUGUUGUUCAGGGUUUAGGGAAACCAACAGGAUUACGAAUGCCUUCUCCCAAAAUCGGGUUCUUUGAUGGGGUGAAAUCAUCCCCUCGCACUCCCAAUGGCCACAAGCUUACUCAACCUGGUUUGCGCACUGUCACCCAAAAAUGGAGCUGCUGCCAGCAGCAGUUCAGUUCGAUACAAAGGUAUUGCUGGAAUAAGCUUCAGCAUAUCAGCGGAUUUAAAGAAAAAACCUUUCAGCAUAUCGGUGGAUUCAUAUUUCAAGAUAUCAACCUGGGUCACCCCGCUGUCGCUCACCCCGUACAUCGACGCGCCGUCGAGCUCGUUUUUCGCUCGAAACCAUGUCCGAAUAAACAUCCUCGAGCUCGAUCUCGUCCGUCGACGACAACGGGAUCCUGCUCAGCUCCUUGUCGAACUUCUUGGCGAUCUCCGUUUCGUGGAUUCGGUACUUCGACGCCAACGUUCGUAUGCAUGACAUCCGCACCUGGGUCGAUAUUGCCCGCUUCACUUCGGCGAAAUUGUCGCAGUCGAAGAACCACCUCACCCACUGCCGCACGAUCCCGACGAACCAGUCGACGAUUUGAUCGUCGUCGAGUAGGAUUAGUAUGUAGCACGUUCGCGCAUAACCUUCCACGUUCGUUAAUCCGUAUCGGUGGAGACGCUUCGAUAUGUUGUUCACGGGCGCGAGAAUUUCCGUGACGUAACCACGAUCGGGGCUUUUGUCGGGUAGAAGAGCGAGCAUCGAUACAGUCUCCGACGCGACAUACUCGUCGACCCGUUUUUCGAAUUCACGAUACGAAUCGGUGAGCUCGUCGGGAAACGCCGGUUCGACGAUUUUCUUCGCUAGAACGAAUCAAUUUUUUUUUUUUUUUAUCAAUAUAAAUUGUAAAAUAAUUUUAUAAUUAUAUUAAGAAAGUAACUAUAAUAUUUAUUUGGCUAUCGCACAUUAAAUAUUAUAUAAGUUUUAUUGCUCUGUUUAUGUAAAUAUAUUUUAAAAUUUUGAUAGUAUUG